CUGAUGCUGAGUGGGCAGCUGGUCGGAAGCCUGUUCUCCAUGGCUGGCCGCGUCUGUGUGUCCAGGGGCAGCGCCAGAUCAGGGGCCAUCGGUCCCGUCGAGGCCGCCAUUCGCACAAAGUUGGAGCAGGCGCUGAACCCCGAGGUCCUGGAGCUGCGUAAUGAGAGCGGCGGCCACGCUGUCCCACCAGGCAGUGAAACCCAUUUCCGCGUGGCCGUGGUGAGCUCUCGUUUCGAAGGACUGAGCCCCCUGCAACGGCAUCGGCUGGUCCACGCGGCGCUGUCGGAAGAACUGGCUGGGCCGGUCCACGCCCUGGCCAUACAAGCGCGGACCCCCGCCCAGUGGAGGGAGAGCCCUCAACUGGACACGAGCCCCCCCUGCCUGGGCGGGAGCAAGAAAACUCGAGGAACUCCCUGAACUCUGAGAGAGAGGGAGGACCGGGAUCGAAACGGGUUGGGUGAGAAUAUACUACUGGGGCCUUCUUCCCUUCAAUACAGUCUGGUAUUUGUAAGAGUUGAGGACCUGGGCCCCAUUCAACCGGCAUAUACAGGUUCUCUGGAGACAGCAAUUCAUUUGACAUCAAGGUCAACCUAAGGAAAGCAUACAAUCACUCACUACUGCUCUUGCCCUGGACUAUUAAGGAAAAGCUGCCCAGUUGUUUCGUGUUAAAUUGUGACUAAGGAACCACCAGACCUUAUGAGUUGCGAGUAAUCCUGUACAUUAAAAGAGAAAUUUAUCAUAU